CAGUGGAAUGGCCAUUGGUGACUGCGAGAGCCACAGCAAGCAGAAAAAAAGUGUAUCAAACGAGAUGUUGGCAUGUAUAAAAGGGCAAGAAAGAAGGGGAGAGAGAGAGAGAGAUCACGAUCGACUCAUUCCGGCGAGUGAUUUGAAAUCUGAUGAUGGCGGAGCGGCUCGCUGCUUCUUUCUCCCCUUCCUCCUGCAUCCUCCCAGCUGCCUCCAAGCGGACGGCGCAGCCCUCCUCCGCAGCCCUCUCCUUCCUCCCUUCCCCUCGCCGCCUUCAAUCCACCUCCUCUUGCUCCCUCCGCCCCGUCCCUUCGCCUCUCCGUCUCUUCCAGACGGCCGCGAUCGGCUCACGCAGGACGUCGUCGGUCGUCGUGUGCGCGGCUUCCGAUCCGGCGCAGCUGAGAAGCGCCAGGGAGGACAUCAAGGAGCUGCUCAAGACCACUUUCUGCCAUCCGAUCUUGGUUCGUCUAGGAUGGCAUGAUGCUGGUACAUAUGAUAAGAAUAUUGCGGAGUGGCCAAAACGUGGGGGAGCUAAUGGAAGCUUACGGUUUGAGAUAGAAUUGAAACAUGCAGCCAACGCUGGUCUUGUAAAUGCUCUAAAGCUUCUUCAGUCUAUUAAGGACAAGUAUUCAAGCAUUACAUAUGCAGAUUUGUUCCAGUUGGCCAGUGCUACAGCUAUUGAGGAGGCUGGUGGUCCCAAAAUCCCUAUGAAAUAUGGAAGAGUAGAUGUUUCUGGGCCUGAACAGUGCCCAGAAGAGGGGAGACUUCCUGAUGCUGGCCCAGCUUCACCAGCUGGUCACCUGCGGAAUGUAUUCUAUAGAAUGGGCCUUGACGACAAGGGGAUUGUUGCAUUAUCAGGUGCCCACACGCUUGGGCGUUCCAGACCAGAACGUAGUGGUUGGGGAAAAGCAGAAACCAAGUAUACUAAAGAUGGACCUGGUGCACCUGGUGGACAAUCAUGGACGGUGCAAUGGUUAAAAUUUGACAAUAGUUACUUCAGAGAUAUCAAACAAGGAAAAGAUGAAGAUCUGCUAAUCUUGCCCACAGAUGCUGUUUUGUUUGAAGACUCACAUUUUAAGGUCUAUGCUGAGAAAUAUGCGGAGGAUGAAGAUGCAUUUUUCAAGGAUUAUGCUGAAGCUCAUGCUAAACUCAGCAAUCUAGGUGCCAAAUUUAACCCUCCCGAGGGGAUCUCGAUGAAUGAUGAUGAUGAUUCCAACAAGACGGUAACAACACGGAAGCCAUUCGUUGCAGCAGCAUCGCAUUCUGAUGAGGAUUAAAAUACAUUACGAGUACUGCGCUCGCUUCUACCUCUUUCGUAGCUCAAUCGAAUCGAAGUUUAAAGUUUAAACUUGCAGACGUGACUAUGAAAAUUGGAGUUAAAAGAUGAUUUUAUUAUGUUUGAACUGCAGAGAGUCCAUCUCAUCUCCUCUACUUGAAGAUUGCAUAUUAGUUUAAUCAAACUAGCGUGACUAUUUGUAACUCGUGUGAAAAAUUUUUGUUUCACGAAUAUAUAUUAGUGAAUAAAUUCACCAUUUGGCGCCA